GAGACGGCGUCACCGGGGUGGGCGGAGCCAGCGGCUCAGCUGCUGUAAACAGCGGGGGCAGCGCCAGAGGCCGGGAGAUGGGCUAUAAAUAGGGAAGCUGGGGGAGCCCGGCUGGAGUGGAGAAGCACCCGGGCACCCAGGAGCAGCUGUCACCUUAGCGCCCGCCAGCUGUCCCUGUCCCGGCGAGGCAGCGCUCCGGCUGCAGAGCCCCGCGUCUCCGAGGGGGGGACUGCCCGCUCCUUAGAGCAGCGAAGGGAGCCCUGCCUAGCAGCUGUGGCUUAGUAGCACCCGGGGCUAGGUCUCCACAGAACUAAGAAUACUGAAAGCAGCCUCCCUUCCCAGGAUGGACCUGGUCAUCAGUUUUGUUUCUCUUCUAUUUGUAAUCUCUUCUGUAUGCACAGCAGAAGCAGCCUCAGCGUGUCCUGAUCAGGACCCUGAGCUGGAACCCUGGAACGCUGGUCACGAUGAAGAUCAACACAUUGAAAUCAGCAAAGGCAGGAAGCUCCUUCUCUCUUCCUCUGCGACCGUCCACUCUAUCAACAUCACAGAUGGAGGAAAACUGGUAAUUAAGGACAAUACACAGCCUAUAGUUUUGCGAACUCGACAUAUAUUGAUUGAAAAUGGAGGAGAGCUACAUAUUGGCAGUGAGCUAUGUCCAUACCAAAGUAAUGUGACGAUCAUCUUAUACGGGCGAGCAGAUGAUGGCAUCCAGCCAGACGCUGACUUUGGGCAAAAAUAUAUUGGAGUCAGUCGAGGUGGAACCCUUGAGAUCCAUGGUGAGAAAAAGUUGUCCUGGACUUUUCUAAACAAGACUCUCCACCCUGGUGGCAUGGAAGAAGGUGGCUACUACUUUGAAAGGAGCUGGGGGCAUCGAGGUGUCAUUGUCCAUGUUAUUGACCCAAAAACAGGGGCAGUCGUCCAUUCAGAUCGGUUUGAUACCUACAAACUGAAAGGGGAAAGUGCCCGUCUUGUCCAGUAUUUGAGAGCAAUUGACAAUGGCAUGAUCCUGUCAAUAGCAGUGAAUGAUGAAGGAUCUAGAAACUUGGAUGACACAGCCAGGAAAGCAAUGACCAAACUGGGCAGCAAGCAUUUCCUCCAUCUUGGGUUCAGGCAUCCUUGGAGUUUUAUUACAGUAAAAGGAAACCCUUCCUCUUCUGUUGAAGACCACAUUGAAUAUCUAGGACACAAGGGAUCAGCUGUGGCCAAAGUAUUCAAACUAUUCCAGGCUGAGAAUGGAGAGCAUUUUAAUGUGUCUUCAACCAGUGAGUGGGUUCAAGAUGUAGAAUGGACAGAGUGGUUUGAGAAGCCCAAAAAGGCAAGAUCCAAAGACACGGAGAAACUUUCUGACCUCAGAGCGGCAAACCCAGGCAAAAUCUGCAGUCACCCCCUUGCUAUCCAGGCAGCUACACUUUCUGGAGCCAAUUUAACAACUGAGGUUUUCUACAAAAGCGGCCAUGAUUAUAGGUUUAUGUGCCAUGGUAAGGAUCAGACAGACGAAGGCUGCCAGAAUUACCGAGUGCGGUUCCUGUGUGGCAAACCUGUGAGACCAAAGCUUACUGUAAGCAUUGAUACCAACGUGAACAGCACAAUCUUGAGGCUGGCAGAUGAUGCACGAUCAUGGAAGGCUGGAGAUAGACUUGUCGUUGCCAGUACAGAUUAUUCCAUGUACCAGGCGGAAGAAUUCCAAGUCUUGCCAUGCAGAGCCUGUGGGCCUAAUGAGGUCAAAGUAUCAGGGAGAGCAACCUACCUUCACAUAGGAGAAGUGAUCGACGGAGUGGACAUGAGGGCGGAAGUAGGGCUGCUAAGCCAAAACAUAGUGGUGAUGGGAGAGAUGGAGAGGCAAUGCUAUGACUAUAGCAAUGGUUUAUGCACCUUCUUUGAUUUUGACACCUUUGGGGGACACAUCAAGAUUGGUCUUGGUUUUAAAGCUGCCCAUAUUGAAGGUUUAGAAUUGAAACAUAUGGGCCAGCAGAGAAUGGGACACUAUCCAAUUCACUUCCACUUGGCUGGAGAUGUGGAUGAGAAGGGAGGCUACCACCCUCCAUCCUAUGUGAAGGGCGUCUCCAUUCACCACACCUUCUCGCGCUGUGUCACAGUCCACGGCUCCAAUGGCUUGCUGAUUAAGGACGUUGUGGGCUACAACACCCUGGGACACUGCUUCUUUACUGAGGAUGGGCCAGAGGAACGCAACACAUUUGAUCACUGCCUUGGACUGCUCGUUAAACCUAGCACUCUCCUGCCAUCUGACCGAGACAGUAAAAUGUGCAAGAUGAUUACAGAAGGGGCAUACCCAGGGUACAUCCCCAAACCCAGGCAGGAUUGCAAUGCUGUAUCCACCUUCUGGAUGGCCAAUCCGCAUAACAACCUUAUAAACUGUGCAGCUGCAGGAUCCGAAGAAACAGGCUUUUGGUUUGUUUUUCACCAUGUGCCUACGGGCCCCUCGGAAGGAAUGUAUUCUCCAGGCUACACUGAGCACAUUCCAAUGGGAAAAUUCUAUAACAAUCGGGCACAUUCCAACUACCGAGCUGGCAUGAUCAUUGAUAAUGGAGUCAAAACCACACCAGCAUCUGCUAAGGACAAAAGACCUUUCCUGACACUGAUUUCUGGGAGAUAUAGUCCACACAAAGAUGCUGACCCUUUGAAGCCUAGGGAACCUGCGAUAAUUGAGCAUUUUAUUGCGUACAAGAACCAGGAACAUGGGGCCUGGCUGAGGGGUGGAGACGUAUGGCUGGAUGACUGCCAGUUUGCAGACAAUGGCAUUGGCCUGACCUUGGCAAGCGGCGGAACUUUCCCACAUGACGAUGGUUCAAAGCAAGAAAUAAAGAACAGCCUGUUUGUCGGUGAGAGUAAAAACGUGGGGACCGAGACCAUGGACAACCACAUUUGGGGGCCCGGAGGCCUGGAUCAUAGUGGAAGGACUCUCCCCAUAGGCCAGAAUUUUCCAAUUCGAGGGAUUCAGUUCUAUGAUGGGCCGGUCAAUGUCCAAAACUGUACGUUUCGCAAGUUUGCUGCACUGGAUGGUCGCCACACAAGUGCCCUGGCAUUCCGGCUCAACAAUGCCUGGCAGAGCUGCCCCAAUAACAAUGUCACGGAUGUUCUAUUUGAAGACGUUCCCAUUACUUCAAGAGUGUUCUUUGGAGAACCUGGACCCUGGUUCAAUGACCUGAAUAUGGAUGGUGAUAAAACAUCAGUUUUUCAUGAUGUAGAUGGCUCUGUGUCGGGAUAUCCUGGCUCAUACCUUAUAAAGGAAGAUAACUGGUUAAUCAAACACCCAGACUGUAUUGAUGUGCCAGAUUGGAGAGGUGCCAUCUGCAGUGGGCACUAUGCACAGAUAUACAUCCAGGCCUACAAGUCAGCCACCCUGAGAAUGAAAAUAAUCAAAAACGACUACUACAGUCAUCCUCUCUACUUGGAGGGGGCUUUAAGCAAAAGUUCUCCUUACCAGCAGUAUCAGCCAGUCAUAACACUGCAAAAAGGUUAUACCGUCCAUUGGGACAAGACGGCACCCGAGGAACUGGCUAUAUGGCUCAUCAACUUCAACAAGAACGACUGGAUCCAGCUAGGGUUGUGUUAUCCUAAAGGGACAACAUUUUCCAUUCUCUCAGACAUCCACAAUCGUCUCUUGAAGAAAACAUACAAAACUGGGACCUUCUAUAGGACCUUGCAGAUGGACAAAUUGGAGUACAGAUACCCUACCAAAGGAUACUAUUACUGGGAUGAGGACACUGGGCUGCUGUUUCUGAAACUCAAAGCCCAGAAUGAGAAGGAGAAGUUUGCCUUCUGCUCAGUCCAAGGCUGCGAGAGAAUAAGGAUCAAAGCUGUGAUCCCCAAGAACGCUGGAAUUAGUGACUGUGAAGCCAAGGCCUAUCCCACAUACAUGGAAAAUCCAGUAAUAGAUGUGCCGAUGCCUAAGAAGCUCUCUAACACACAACUGCAGAAUAAUGACCAUUUCCUAGAGCUGAAAGUACAAACCUUCAAGACCAGAUACUUCCAUCUCAGGGAUGACUUUGCAUACAUUGAGGUUGAUAGUAAAAAGUUUUUCCUCGCUGAUGAUGGUAUCCAAGUCGUUGUGAUUGAUGGGGAGCAUGGAAAAAUUGUUGACCGAAUAAGUUUCAAAAACUCUAUUCUACAGGGAAUCCCAACGCAGAUAGACAAUUAUGUCACCAACAUCAAAAACAAUUCUAUAGUGGUGAUGGCAUCCAAAGGCAGAUUCAUUUCAAAAGGACCCUGGACUAAAGUACUGGAAAAACUUGGAGUUGAGAAGGGUUUUAAGUUAAAAGAUAAAAUGGCUUUUGUCGGAUUCAAAGGCAGCUUUCGACCGGUCUGGGUGAAACUGAUCACCGAGGAGGAUGCAGCUAAAAUCUAUCAAGUUGUGCCAAUCCCUGUGGUGAAGAAAAUGAAAUUAUGAGGACACCAUGCUUUGCCUUCCUGCUGUUAGCACUGCCCCAAUAGAAAAGGACUACUGACUCUGCUCCCAACAGGCACCGUGCCACGGCGCUCCAGAGAUGUAGUAUUUCUUUGUUGCUGUACAUGAAGAAAGCUUUAUUGCAAGUGGGUAGAUGGCCACAUGUGACAAACAGCAUUCCUUGUGUUGCACAUCUUGUUUGAUCCUGCCCUAUUGAUUUGCUCGCUGAAACCAGAUUUACCUUUAUUUUCUAAGCUAAUAUCUGGGGCAAAACUGUUUUCAAAUAGUGGGGAGGGGAGUGUCAGUGCCUUUUACUUGGCCUGGUCAUGUUCUGCCUCUACAUCCCUUGUGAGCCUCUCAGGUAUGAAUGUCAAAUCUAAUUGCCAUACAAGACUCGGAAUUUUCCCAUGGGACUGUUUUUGAGAGUGCAAUCAGCUGCUCGCACAAAACUGGGAAUGCAAAUUCAGAGGCUGGCUGAAAAUUUGGAUCAGAAAUCAUAAAUUAUAGUCAGUAUCUGAAAGCUGCAAAACAUGGUCAAACAAUGAGAAUUUAUUUGAAAGCUUCUGCACUCUUCUGUCAAACUGCUGCAGAAUCCCGAGACUAAAUUGUACAUGCUGAACCACUUGGGAGUUAUCACAUUUCAGCUGAUGGUACAUAGUGAGGAAAGAAAUGGCAUAGGAGUGAUUUAACACAUUGUGAUGCUUUGGGUUCACCCAGACCAGUAAGGGGUUGUGUCACUACUUGCCCUGGGUACCUCCGUGCUAUGCAACUAUGGCUCAGAACUCUGACACCAGCAGCCAGCUCAGUGAUCUCACCCUGGCUUCCACCUGCUUGAUUAGUCCUUGCAGGGUGACACCAACAGCCUCUUCUGUCCGGAGUCCACCCAAAACAGUCUCCCCUGUGGCGCUCAGCCCCUCUCGCUGUAGCAUUCACCAAACCUUAUCAAGUUCGUUGCUCCUUUGGUGAGAGAGUACGCAACACCGGCCUGUUAGUUUGGCUGAGGAUUUUACUCUUCAGUUUGAAACACUGCACUGAGAUGGUGGUGUACUAAAACAAGAUUAAGUUUAUUAACAAGGAAGUGAUAUUGAACUGAUACCAAGUAGACAGAACUGGGACCGAAAUGCCUACAAACAAACAAACAAAAGUAAAAAUACCAUUCUAAGACUAAAACCUAACUUAAACUAGAGUCUCUUGUUCAAAGUAGUUUUCUCACCACACUUGUUCUUCCAGCAUGGCUGGCCAGUUCUUAACCCCGAACCAACACAGAGCUCAGAGCACUUUGUUUCUUUGUCUCUUCAGAUGAAGGAUGCCAAAAAGGCUUUUUCUCUCCGCUGAUAUCCUCAAAGUUUUAUCUUUGUUUUCAAAGUCAGGAAGCCUGCUUGGGGGCUCAGCUUCCUGGGUCCACCCAGGAGCUGACACCAUGUUCAUUUUUACAGUCUCCUCCUGCCGUGAUAGUGGCUCUCUCCCCAACUUGCUAGUUGGAUGGCUUUGUUUACCUUUUAUGUAAAUGUACUUCCAUUGUCUCUCUUGGCUCAAUUGACAUUGGAGACACAUUUGUGCAGGUGGGCCCAUGUCCCUUUGUCAAGGGCAGGGUGCCUUAUGCCCUACCUGCCAAACACAAUUUUAAGAACAUAUUUCCAGCGCACAUUUAUAAGUUUUCAUACAUCAUGCAUACAUGCACCAGCAAUAAUAUUAAUGACCAACUUGUUACCAGUUGCCUAUGAUAUCUUACAUGGCACCUUUUCGAUACAGUAAAUUGGGGUUAGGCCAAUGGAGGCUCACUGCUAGAAACUAGGGCACCCCUUACCCUCUGGCAUUGGGGUGUUCUUAGGGUCACACAUGUGCAAACCAAAUAUGGUCAUAAGGGAACCUGCUAUUUCUGCUCAAUCCCAUAACCAACAACUGGCGUUCCCAUGGUUAUGCUUUUAAAUAGCUGUUGUCAUGAUUCUGUGUUUUUCCCAGGCAAGCAGCCACAGACUGAUGGAAAAGACCUGACAACCAUGCUCUUCACACUUACUCAGACUUUCUCACACAUUCCUUCAAAUAUAAAUUUUCAGAGCCAGCCCAGUGGACUGGUUGUGCCUACGUGACAUGCUACCGAGAGGAUCCACGCUUGGGUCUCUCGCCCCCAGGCAGGGAAUGCUGGGGAGUCAUCUUACUCCAUCCCUAAUCAAGGGUGAGGAUUAAAUUGUACUUCCAGUGCAAUCAAGGGGGACAGGAUCAGGCCCAAUGUGUUGUGCAUUACUUGCCUGUAAUUUCUUCUGGCCAGGGCAGUGAGUAUGUUAAUAGGCUCCAGAGGGAGCUAGAUCUUUCCUGGAGGGUGAAUCACUAAGAUGUAGGGGGCUUUGAGGUCACGUGGAAGGGCUGAAGAGGAAAAGUUGAUCCCAGGAGACACACCUCCUCCCCAAAUAAUGUAACCUUAUGUAUUUUCUGCCCCCUUUCCUUCAAAACAUAAUAUUCUACGUUUAAAAAAAUGGAUGAUGAGCAAAGUUGAGUGUAAACCAGAACUGCUUUCUUCAUUAAGCUGGGAAAUGUAUCUUAACCUUAUAAAAACACUGUAUAUUGUUCAAAAAUGCACAUGAUACAGUGCUUUGUGUUUCCCAAAGAUAUCAUGCAGGUGUCUCAAGUGGCUUCUGUUAUUCGGGUAACUUCCAAAAAAAAUGGCUUCUUGAAGUAGGCAAAUUGUCCAUAUGCCAGAGCAGUUGUGUUUCCCUCCCCUCCACUACCACCAAAAAAAUCCAUUGUUGGUUUGUCUUUUUUUAAAUAGGACUUUUUUCUGGGUGUCUCUUUUUUCACUGUAUCUAAAAUGUCAGCUCUGAAUUGGAAUGAAGCAGCCAUGAAUCCAUGUGUCAUUGCACAUGGUGUCACUGUGCAGGUGCUGAAUUCCAAAAGACCUUUCUGGCACUGUUUUUGGACCAGGUUGCUGUGUGAGUCAGUUAUAAGUGGUAUUCAGGCUCUAAUGUAGGUAUAUGCCCCUCCAGUCCUUCCUGGGUUUUAAAACUGGAAUUGCUUUUUUUCUAUACUGUUUUUAUAUACUGUUUUCCUUAGCGGAAUUUCAAGAGUGUUGCAUUUUUUUGAAAGGAUCCAGGGUUAUUUCUCUUUUCCCUGGCUUCUUUACAUCUCAUAAUGAAGGAUUCCUCAUUCAAGCAAAGGCAUGUCUGCUCUAAACCAUUCAUGCCAUUUGGGCUAAUUCCACUAGAUGCAGUGUGAAAGGGCAUAGCUCUCAAGAAAUAUACAUUUCUCUCCCAAUGUCUUAUGAUGAUCUGGGUUCUUUCCAUCCCCAGAUCACAACUAUUCCUUAAAAAAGAUUAGUCUCACUUACAGUUCAACCUCGAUUAUACAAAUCUCAUUUAUCUGAAACUCCCUGUUAGCCAAAACAGGAUCCUAUCCCUUAAGUCUAGUAAUUACAUUAAAAAAUCCUUAAUUAUUCAGAACCCUGGCUAUCUGAAUGCAUUCAGUGUCCUCCACAAUAUUCCCAUAAUCGAGGCUGUACUGUAGGUACAACGGCAUCUAUUGCUCUGUAUUAGCAGAUCAUAUGUACAAUAUAAUGAAUGAAAAAUACUAGAAAGGGGCCAAGACCAGAAUUUUUUUAUUCUGAAGGUUUUAGGAGAGGAACCAGGAUCAAAACCCCUCUGGGUUUGGAUUUGGUUUUCCAAAAACAUCCUGUUUUUGCCCUUUGCUAUUCUAGCCAAUCACGUCUUUAUAUUGUAGUAGCUGAGCACCUAUCGACUCAGUACAAUCAAACCCAAUGGAGCAGGAGUCGAGUUCUUUGUUUAACUAAUACAAAAAGGCAAGUUGCAUUUGUACUGAAGUGUUGCUUCUAAUUUUCACAAUUUUUGGAAUUCUCAGGGUGAAAUCAUAAGACUUGGCACUAGGAAAUAUACCUGUUUUUUAAAUCACAUCUUAUCCAGGGAAAAAAGUCUGUUUUGUUCUGUCAUGCAAGGAUAGUCACGUGGGCCCAUUUAGGAGGAAGGGGAUGGGUCUUACUCUGUAAAUACUUAGGAUAGGAUCACUGCAACUUGUUAAGCCUUAGACAGAGAACGUGGCUCGGCAUAAUGGGCCAGAUUCUCCCCUGAAACGCAAGCAGCUCCCAUUGACUCAAUGGGAGUUAAGUGCAUGGAACUAACGGCAGAAUUUGGCCUAAUAUCACCAACCAAUAGUUCUGAUAUAUCAUUUUUUAAAUAUUUGUGGAUUCUAGAAGUUGUACGUGUGUUCCUCUGCAAAUAGUGAAUUGACUGACUCCUUGUAGUUUGUACAUUCUUUAAACUGUCCCAUUCACAAACUGUAAAUAUCCUGUCUGUAAGGUUUUAUUGCUGCAAAUAUUUUCACGUUAGCCUACAUAUACAGUUGUCAUUAUUAAGGCAAUUUUGGGGUGGGGGUGUGUCAGUUCAAAUGCUUGUUUUACCUGUUGCCGAAAUAGCUGGUCCUUUUUCGGAAUUAGAUGUAUAGUGUUUUGUACAUUUUCCUAUAGACUUCACAAUGAAAAAGAUAUAUUUUCUAUUUAUUUAUUACAAAGGCACUAUGAGACCUAAAUUUGCAGAGAUUUGAAGACCUGUUACUGGAUUUGAGCAUUGUCCAAGCUGUUAAGGAGGUUGGAAAUAUGUCUUUUCAGAUAAUCUGCUUUGCACUUGAAAGUUAUGUCCACAGAAUGUGGCAAUGCGUUGACUGUGUAGUUUAUGCUGACAGAAGCUGUUGAAAGAUUCAUUCCAAAAGUUUUUGCUUACAACAGAAUUAAUAUGUAGUAACUUGGAAUACAAAAAGGUUUAUCAGAAUAAAUAUUCAAUGCCAAAUUA